AAAAUGCUCUGCGAAGCGAAUAGAAAAAUCCACGUGGACUUCGGCGAGGUGGAAACGGGCGCCACAGCUGUCAAGUGGCUGGAGAUAUUUAACGAAAGUUGCAUUGAGCAAAUUUACGAGGCUCGAAGAGAUGCGUCUACCAAUCCGUUGGAUCACGUGUUUGAAUUAUGUAGCUAUUCAUGGUCUUUACUUCCUGGCCAGGCAUACAAGUGCAAAAUAUACUAUCGGCCGUUCCUGCCAUUCACCGUAAACGUAGAUUAUUUUACAAUCGUAGAUUCAGCUGGUGAACGCGCAGAAAUUCAAGUCCGCGGAACGUGCAUUGGACCCAUGAUCUCUUCGUCCGCCACGAGAUUAGUCAUGAGAUGUACAGACGAGAAUCACGUAGCAAAGAAGCGAAUCAAGCUCAUCAACGAUUCGAAAACCACGGCGACUUUCGCGUUCGACAUCGACCCACUUCGAAGGCCGUUUGAAGCGAAUCCGCGGCAUGGACGCAUCGAACCUUGUUCUCACAAAUUUGUAACAAUUACUUUUGCACCACGGGAAGGCGGGAUCUACGCGUGCUAUUUUCCAUGCUUAAUCCUGAAUCACAAACCGAUUAUCAUAGAAUUAUACGGCUACUGUUGUACAGCGUUGCGUAAAACGAGCACACAGGUUCGUUUUAAUUAUCCUACAAGAUUGAAAAAUGGCUUUGAAGGAUACACAAGCGAUACUGUCGUUGCCACGCAAAAUCUUCCUGUGGUUUCUUCGUCAAAAAAUUGUAUCGACUUCGGUCAGGCCGACGUAGAGGAGAAUGCUGCACGAAAAAUUCCGGAAUCUUUGUGUCUUACUAAUCACAGCCAAUCCGAUGUAUUAAUUAGAUGGGACCAAGAUGUUGAAGGAAUUUUCAAUAUAACCCCCACCAUCACAAAAAUACCGGCAAAUCAGACGGCUCUGUUUGAAGUAACGUUUAAUCCCAACCGAGCAAGCAGUUUCUUUGCGAGGGACCUUGUUGGAGAUGUUUUUGUCAAGCGGCAAGAAGACCGCUUUGGAGAAGAAACUCUGACAUUCCCUGCAAUCACAUCCGUGCGGCUAAUAGGUCACUCCUUUCCCAUUUGCUCCGAUGGUUGGAUUCCUCAGUACGAGAUACCUCACGUAGUUAAGAUGCCUCCUUGUAUACCCUCAUCGCCGACGUACACCACGUUUCUAAUUCGAAAAUACGGGCACUUACCGCUGAUGUAUCGCUUUGUACCGCCAACAUCGAGCCACUUUGUCGUGAAGCCGAUGAUGGGCAUAAUUCAUCGAGAUUAUCAGAUCAUUGUAAUCGGCAUGUUACCCGGAAAUGACGAUAAACGCGUUUAUAUGGAACGUUGGGCAGUAUAUUUCAAUGGAAAUAUGAAAUCUGAAUAUUUCAUAGAUUUUCAGGGAUACACAGAAUAUGCGAAUGUCAGUUUUAGUGAUCAGAAUACCUUUCAGUCAGCACCGGAUGAAUUAAAUUUUGAAAUUCUAGCAUACAAAGAUACAAAAGAAUUAAGUUUUCACGUAUUUAACUUGAGUCCCGUAAACAUCUAUUAUAAAAUGACAUGUAACCAUUGCAAUUGGCCAAUUGGGAAUUUAAAACGUGAUGUAAAAAUACAUCCGACUGCGGACAAUGUUCUUGCCGGAGAAGAUAAAGUCAUUACUGUUCUUAUCACACCUACUACUCCGGGAUUUUACGAAUUUUUUGUUCAGUAUUUUGUAAGGAUGAGUUCUGAUAUAAACACAGCUUUAAUUCCAAAUCAGAUUCCGAGGAAUAUCUGUAAAGUGCGCUGUUUAUGUGUAUUGCCUAUUUUAAAGGUGAUAGAUUUGCAAUAUUAUGGAUCUUACCCAGACGUGAGCAAAGCUUUCCUUUGGAAGUUGAUGAAAAUGAACACAGAUUUGCAACCGGGAACAUCGGAAAUGUUUUACAUACAUUUUCCAGCGAUGGUUUUACAUAGUCCAAAGGUUAUUAUAAAGUUGCUUCUAACAAAUGCAGCUGCAGUGAGUGCUUCGUGGAACAUAAAAAAAGUGCAGCUUUGUUCUUGUCGGCCAGUUGUAAACACUCAAGGUUGUCUUAAAUUUCAACGUGCGAAGUACGAUUGCUUGCAUAGAAAAGUGUGCUCUAUACUGCCAAAAACGGGAAAUCUUGAACCAAGAGAAAAAAUCUGGAUAACACUAGAGAUGCGUUAUAUAUUGAUAGGUCAAACCGAGACAAAGUGGGAUUUAGACCUUGGAGAUAAUCGUCACGUUUUCUUUAUUAUAAUAAUUGAAUGUUUAUCUGAUUCUGAUCAUAAUCUCCAUCUUUUAAACGGCACGCAUUUCAAAUUCCAACAUGUUUAUUUUGGAGAAAAGGAUCCUAUCUAUCAGGGGAAAUUGCGUUUGACUUUGGGUGACAGAGAAGAAGAACUGACACUCGAAGGCGAAUCCUCCUUGCCACAUAAAUCAACAACAAUUAGAGAAUAUAUUCCAUGCAAACAUAGCUUCGAGAAGGAUAUUCCUAUAUAUUUUAGUACUGACUGCAUAAAUGUUUCUCACAUAGCUACGCACAGCCAUGUAAUUAAGAUGAUUAUGAUACAUAAUAAUUUGGUGCAAGACGUGCUCGCCUACGAAUGGAAAAGACGUGAGACAUCUGAAAUAAUUCACGUAGAAAUUCAUCCGCAAAAAGGCUUGAUAAAGCCAAUGUCUUUCAAAAGCUUCCGUGUAACUAUUUAUACUAAAGGAUAUCCUUGUAUGAUUGAUAUUGAUAUACCGUGUGAGUUUAUUAAUGCUAGCCAAAGGCGGAUCUAUCAACGAAGUGUAUACAUUCACGAAGCCUUGUCUCAGGAAUUGAAAGGACAGUUUACUAUUACGGAAAAAGGCAUCAGCAUUCCAGAAAUACCGGUGAAAAUUUUGAAAAAACCUCAACCAUUUUACAAAGCUAUAACAAUUCGAUGUUCUAUCUACAGCGUAGAAGAUAAAUUUUUAAAAGUUAGUCUAAUGAAAGAAUUAACAAGUGCACCGCCGAAAGGAAUAUACAUCGAGGAAAAUGAGAAAAUGAUGACAUUUAAGAAAAAAGAUAUUAGUCGAUCUUCGUUUAUCACAGAGGGUCUAUUGUGGGAAAUAGUCAAUAGUAAACUAUUCAGAAACAUAAUGCAAGACGUUUUACGGAAAGAAUCAAAUUUAUUUUACUCGCAAUUUAGAAUGAGUUCGUACGAAAGAAAAAGAUUAAUACGGAGAUCGUACAUUUCACCGCCGCUAGCGAUAAUUAAUCAUAUAUUUGAGGAGAUGUUAUUCGUCAUAAUGCACGAAGAAUUCGCUUUAAAGACUGCACAUUUAAUUAAGCAUACAGAUAUUAGACACACAGACUAUUUGAACACAGUACCUAGUGUGAGCAGGAAAAAAACAAUUAGACGAGAAACAUUGUUGCUACGAGAUAAAUAUCCUUCUACGGUAUCAAAAUUAGUACCCUCAUCCAGAAUAUCCUUCGCCGUAUAAUUAUAUACAAUAGCUG